CACUAUCUUUUAUUAAUCUAUGUAUAAUGAGUCCCAAAUCUCCAAAGCGAUAUGCUUGCACAUAUCCAGGAUGUAAAUCAUCGUUUCCACGACCCAGCAAACUAGCAAAUCACACUUCUCUACAUGAAGGAAAGAAACCUUUUCAAUGUGAUAUUGAUGGAUGUGAUAAAGGCUACACUACUAAAACCCACCUUAAAAGACAUCAAAGUAUUCAACAUCAAAAAGAACAAACAAACACUAAAACAAUCUGCCUGGAUCCAGAGUGCAAAAAGGAGUUUUCUAAUGUUGCCAAUAUGCAAAGACACAUGAAAAGAGCACACAAUCCCAAUCAUGUUUAUAAUUAUAUCUGUAAUGAAUGCAAUCAGAGCUUUCCCAAAAAGAAACUGCUGCAUCAACAUAGUUACCUUCACACUGGUGAAUUUUACUACAAUUGUGAUAGAUGCCACCAAGGUUUUCAUUUGCUAAGUGAAUUACACAAACAUACAAGAUUACAUAAAGUGUACAAAUGCACAGAAUGUAAAGAAAGCUUCACGAAGUGGUCUGAAUUAAGACACCACAAAUUAUCACACAGACCUCUUUUCAAAUGUAGCCAGUGUCAUUAUAAAACAUACAGAAGAUUGUAUAUAAAAGUACACGAGAGUACACACACAGCAAUUGAGAAAAGAAAAAAGUUUCAUUGUAAAUAUGAAAACUGCUCAAGGAGUUAUUUAUAUAUGAGAAAUCUAAAUCUUCAUGUGAAAGUAUUCCAUUUGGGCAUUAAGAGAGAGAAAAUUAAAUGUCUUGUUGAUGGCUGCCCUAAAUCACUGUCUAAAAUGGUACUUCUUAAGCGUCAUAUGCAAGUAUUUCACGAGGGAGCACCAAUGUUAAUCAAACGCCAACGACGUGUCAGGAAAGACGCUGGCAAACCGAAAGCCAAUGAUAUCAAUCGGAUAAUAUUAGGAGUUGCAAGACAACAAAACGCGUUGAAUGAAGUUGCUCAGGUAUUAGUUAAAUCUUAAAAUAGUUUUCAUCUAAAAGUCAUCAGAUGCUAAACAUACUAAUAUUUUAAGAUUGUUUUAGUAGAGAAUACGUAAUAAAAGUUUAUGAUUGUUUUUA